AUGGUGAAAGCCGACGUACGGCGAGAUUACUAUGCGGAUCUGGGGUUAGCCCCCAGCGCGGAGUCUGAAGAAAUAAAAAAACAAUUCAGGAAACUUGCCCUCAAAUUCCACCCCGAUAGAAACCCAGGAAGGGAGCAAGAGUUCAUCGCCAAAUUUCAAGCUAUCCAGGCAGCACAUGAGAUCCUCAGUGACUCACAACAACGGAUAAAGUACGAUACGAACCGACUGCGCGCAGGAUAUGGCAAGUUUUAUGGACCGCCAAGAACGAAUACGCAGAGGAAACCACCACCCACCCAAGCGUCAACCGCGUCCGCUAGACCUACACCUACAAAGCCAACAUACUCUCAGUGGAAUGAAGCGAACAGGGCGCAGACUGGACCUUCGGCUGGCGCGCAACGUUAUUCAGCCCAUGCCCGCGCGGGGCCACAACAAUGGCAGAAGAAGCAGGAUGAUGCGCAAACGAGGGCCGACGCGUUCAAGGGCUUUUCAGGUAUGAGGGGAUCCAACGCGGGAUCAUGGCGCCCAUUUGAUCCUCAGACUGGCCGUUCACCGACUGGCACUACGGCCGGUGGUACACCAAGACAACAAAAUACGCCAUUUGGAGCUCAAAGACCAAAAUCAGCGUAUGAAUUCUUCAAGGACAAUGCCAGGACAUCGAGCUCUACUAGUCCCAAUUCAGCAAAGAAAAAGCACGGAUUCGCACCAGGCACUGCUGGAGGAGAUGAGCCGCAAGCGAGGAAUACUUCUGCGUAUACCCAUAACCGAAGUGAUCGUCCCAGCAGUAUGUACUUCGACUCUGUACCAUCACCAACUGCAAAAAAACCCCCACCGGCACCUGAACCUCCUCAGUUCCCUGAAGAGUUUGAGCGUAACAGGAGAGGCUAUGCAGCUACAUCAGGAGAAAAGACGUUCUUCUCAAACAGCCCCCUUGGUCGAUCAGAGAGUGCACGUACGCCUUCAGGAAGCUUUCGGGCCUCCAGCUCGCGCACGAAACCACCUAAUCACGCCAACACAAGUUCGAAUGGAAAACGCCGGAGCGCCAGCCCCAAGCCCGAUAGGAAGAAACCUGUUUACGACAUCUCAUCUGGAACGAGCUCGGAUGAAUCAGGUGAAUCGGAGAAUUUCGCGCCAAUGCCUAAACAUAGUUCAUCCAAGGGUAAACCCAAGGCUGUCCCCAAGUCUCGACUCAGACCUAACCAAAAGUUUUCCGACUUUUAUCGUGGAGGUGAUUCUAGCACUGGAACUGGUGAGGAACCUUCUCGUAGCGGACAAAACAGCCAACGAUCCCAGCCAACGCCAACCCCGGCAAAUACAGGCACACGGAGACCUCGACGGCAGCCAUCAUAUGUGGACUUGACGGCUGACAGCGAUGAAAACAAAGGCCAUAAUUCCGACAGUGCAGCGUUUCCUCGAGGCUCGACACGUCCCCAACAGCCUGCCCAAGAUCAAGGCUCUAAUACCCGACCCGACUCUUCGAAAAAAGCUACGAUGCCCUCCUUCGCCGGCUUUGAGAGUCGAAGCUCUAGCGAUGCAAACAAUCUCCACAAGAAAUUCUCCGCAGAAGACUGGAGAGAUCACUUAGAGAACGUUGACUUUCUCGGUGCUUCCGCAUACUCCACCCGCAAAUCCCCUAAUUCGAAAUCCCAGACACAAUCCAAUUCUAGGAAUGAUUCCGCAGAAUCCAUACCUUUGGCAGGGUCGCCCAGCCUGAACCCUUUUGGCCCCCUCAAUGAAUCAUCUCAAUCAAAAUCACAGCAGGCACCCACCCCAUUCGCACAGGCAAAGUUUUCGGCCGACGAAUGGGCCAAACAGCUUAACAAUCUUUCUUGGAAUGUCCCUGAGCCCUCCAGGGCACGACAAUCGGCAAAUACCCCACCUUUAGCUCGGAGUCCCAGGAAACAAUCUAAGACAGGAAGUAAAGUGCGCCCUACUCCCCAAGCUGCGAGUGUGGCAUCUGAGGCGGAGGAAGCCAAGGAAACUGUCAAUGGUCAUCAGACACCUCCUAUGCCUGAGCAACCAGUGCCUACGGAGGCAGAGGCUAUGGAUAUUGAUGAUGAAUUACCACCGUCUAAUUCAGAGAAGAAGGAAUCUAAGAAUGCAAGCUACCCAGACCUUAAUUCACAUGCAGCCCCGGGUACCACAUCCAACGGCACAGUUCCCCCUCAACAAAACCCAACUACACCUCCACCACGGGCGGAAAACAAGUCAAAUGGAGAAGCACAAAUCCCCUUGUUCAAUCUCGAUAACCUCAGUAAAACGGCACCGUUCACCAAUACCAACAGUAGCGGGAUCGACAACCUCAACGAUGUCCAUGCAACAUUACCCUUUGAAUCCCGCGCUAAACAACCAACCACAACAAACCAUGACAUUCGUCCUCGAGAGUUGAGCCUUCCCAACCCUCCUAAACGACCCUGGGCCCCUCAAUUAGUUCCAAUGGGACCAAACUCACAGGUUCUCCCAUUGGAGAAAUGGCAAUACUACGUCUCAGCAAUGAGCACCUACAUCCACGAUUGGAACAACUUCAACCGUCGCAUGCUCCUCCAUUUCAAUACACGCCAAGAAGCCGUCGAAACGGGUCUUUCGCCUAACUGGAUCAGCGCCGUCGGAGACUCCGCCCGUCUAGACAUAAACGGGGACGAUGACGAUACUGACAGCGAGAAGAAAAAUGCUGAUUACUCCGAGCUGGAUGAGUACCUUAUCCCCGGACGUGCGAAAGGUGGCUUCAGCGCCUAUAGGCGUGGCAUUGAGGAUGAUAUGCUAGUGCGGAAGCAUUGGGAUGUUGCGUGUGAGAUGCACCGCGACUGUAUAGUUGACCUUGGUCGACUCCGUGAAUGGAUCAGGAAUGGCGGGAAAGUUGUUUCUUUUGCCCCGCGUCCGCAGUAUGACAUAUGA